UUUUACCCCAGCACGAGCAUCGCUGGAUGCAAAACAUACAAUGUGAAGAAAUGUCUACGAAUGGUAUCUUAAUUACAAAUUAAUUGUACAUUCGGUAGAUUAGCUCGCGUGGGAUCAAUAUUACCUCAUUAUCGACCAUUCCAGACUUAUAAUUAGGCCAAUUUAGCAAAAUAUCCGGCGGAGUUAAAAUAUUAAGCUUUUCUCUUAAAAUACUUACAUUCCCGGAGGGUAAAUAAUCCUCUUAGUAUUUCUAGUGACGCGCUGACGACACGUUUGCUAUUAGGGGAUAUACAGUAGCCGGGUCAGAAAGGGGCGGAACUUUCCAAAAUGUGUUAUGUGAAGUCAGAAACAUGGCAUUGACAUUUAGAGAUUGGUCGCACGAAGGAAUCGUUUCACGAAUAAGAUGAGGCUGGAUUGAUCAGGAACUGAGAUCGCUACGGCCCCUGAAAGGGGGAUACUAAGAUGGUUGAUGCUGUCCAACCACUAUGGCUGCAGCUCUGUGUGUCUCUUCUGGUGCUGUCCAGAAUAAGAGGUCAGGUGUCCGCUCCCCCGCACCUGCAGGCCCUGGUAGGCCUCCCCUUCACAAUAGGCUGCAACUUAACCCUGGGACCGCAGGAAUCUCUGACGCAGGUACGAUGGGAGGACGAGAAGAAACAGCCCCUCCUGAUGUACCAGCCUGGCCAGGCUGCCAGCUUCAUCAGCCACCGUGUUGACCAGACCCCCUCCCAGCAGUACUACAGUGCCAUCACCAUCAAGCGGGUGGAGCCUGGCGACAAGGGAAUCUAUUUGUGCAAGUUUGACGUGUACCCGACCGGGCUGCGGACAGGGACAGUGCAGCUGUCCAUCACCGCGAGAGUGACUAUGGAGGGGAAUAAGACAGCAGUAAGCGGGAAGCUAGCGAUGCUGUUCUGCAGCUACGGCCUGCCAGAGAGCGUCCAGCAGGUCCUGUGGAAGAAGACGGCGGAGCAGGGCGACACCAGCAACGUGGCCUCCUUUGCAAAGCGAGCCGGUGCCACGGUGACCGAGCCUUUCCGGGAACGGGUGUCCGUGAGUCACACUUUGGGGGAAUCCCAUCUGUCCAUCAAGCCCGUGAGAACUGAGGAUGAGGGGUGCUACACAUGCGAGUUCAACACCUACCCAGAUGGCAGCAGGAGUGCCACGGCUUGUCUCACCGUCUAUGUUCUGCCCAAACCCGAGGUGACCUACAGGACCGUGUCUGAAGACGUGAUAGAGGCCAACUGCACGGCGCUGGCCCGCCCGGCGGCCGAAAUCGUCUGGAAUGUGGCCGGGGACAACAAGACGCUGGGCCCGGCCGUGUCCUCGUCGCUCCAGCAGGGAGACGGGACCACGCUGGUCGUCAGCACGAUUUUAAUCCAGGCCGACCUGCUCGACGACCAGUCUGUCAAAUGCUUGGUCUUCCACCAGGGCCUGGAUUCCCCUAUGUCUGUGUCCAUGAACAUCAAGAUCGGCAAAGCCCUUGCUAUCCUCAUCUCAGUGACCACUGUGGCUACGAUCCUGAUCAUCUGCAUGUGCAUCUGCCUAUGGAAGUGCUUCAUCCGCAGAGAUGAUUGAGCUGUUCAAAGGACCGAAGAAGCUCCUGGGAACAACAGUUUUCAGCCACACAGCUGAUAUCAAGGAUUGGAUUCGAAAUGAACCAAAACACUAGAGACGCAUUCGUUGGUCGAAACUAAAAAGAAAUUAUCUAUUUUUAACCAUUUAUUGUUGUAAAAAAAUUCUGGAGUUCUCAACUCGAAACAUGACCAUUUAUUUGUAUUAUUCAAGGCUUGCAGCACUUGGCUAACCCUUGGUGGUGUCCUGUGUUUAAAAAAAGGAUGUUGUAAUUGCAUCAUACUAUUCACAGAGAUGGAAAUGAAGCCUGCUGGAAUCAAUGGGAGAUAUUAACACAUGGUUCAUUUUGUGACGGGGACGGUAUGUGACUGCUCAUUGCCCUGAGAUGAAACACAGCUGUGGUCCUUAAAGCACAUCCUCCCAUUAGAAAGCUAGAAGCCAUGUAUGGCCUCCAUCAUAUUUUUUCAAAUCUGAAGUGCUAUUUACUGCAGGGCCUGGGAAAGGCUUUGAUGCAAUGGCCUUUCUGUCAGUGCCCUGGUGAAAAGGGGGGGGGGGAGUUUGAAUCACGAUGACACUACCCUUUGUGAGAAGGAGUACAGAAUUUCCCCAUGUGACAUUUGGCUGGAGUCCGAGAAUUUACCUCUGUAAAAAGUAGUAAGAUGUUCACUGGUUUUUUAAAUGCUGCCACUGAAAAGCUGAAAGCGAUUACGCAAAACCCUGUGUAACUGCAGAACAUUUUAAAGGGUGGGGAGUCAGAGCUUUUUUUGUGUUCUACAUUUUCUAUUUUGUUUUUGUGUUAUCCAUUUUCUACAGAACUUUUCAAUUGAUUAUUAUGUUAUGGAAUGUGAACACUCAACUGAAAGGUAUGACUUGGGUUUAAGGUCGGGAAAGGCACUCCCGGACGGAUGUUUGUCAUGACUUGCACAUUCUCCCCCUGCACAAGACGUGUCACCCCCUCCCUAUCCCCCCAACCACCCAAAUCAGCACAGUGUCAGGUAUUAUAUUGUGUGGUCUGAUCCUGAGGUCAAGCUCUAUGGUGUUGAGUUGCACUGACUCCCAGCUGUUGAUGCGCUACAAACAUGUGUUCUGCAGCUUGACUGCAACAGUAAGCAGAGGGGUGAUGGGGAAGCCCCGUGAUUUCUAGGGUGUGUUCGCACAUGAAGGGCACUACUAGAAAGGAAAGGAAAGGAAAGGAAAGGGGUGGUCCAGUCCUCGUAAUGGAAAUCAGUAAUACAAGCUGUGGUGCUGAAUCACUUUAGGCCAACUCCCUUCAACCUGUUGGGAGUAUCUAUACCUCAAGUACAGUGCUGUGCAAAAGUCUUAGGCACCUGUAAAAAAAUGCUGUACAGCUAGGAUGCUUUCAAAAAUAAUGAAAUGAAAGGUUAUAAAUAUCGAAAAAAUAAUUAAUAAUUAAUAAAUAAAGAGCAGUAAAUAGUUAAAAACUAAAUAAAAUCAAUGUUUGGUGUGACCACCCUUCACCUUUAAAACGACAUCAAUUCUCUUAGGUACACUGUCCGGCAGUUUUAUAAGAAAAUCGGCUGGUAGGUUGUUCCAAGCAUUUUGGAGAACUUGCCACAGUUCUUCUGCAGAUUUUGGCUGUUUUGCGUGCUUCUGGCUCUCCAGGUAAUCCCAGAGACCCUUGGAACCUACUGAAAAGUAGUCUAUUACUUAAAAUAUUACUUUAUUCAAGAAAAUACAAAAAUGUAUCUGUAAAAUUUCAUUUUUUGGAAAAUUCAUGUUUGGAAAUCUCAAAUUUGCUCUUUUCUACUGACACACUAAUGCAGAAAACAAAAAAAAUAAACAUCCAAGACCAAAUAUAUACGAUAUAUUUAAAAAUCUAGGGUGCCUAAGACUUUUGCACAGUACUGUAUAUGCCAUUGAAAUUAUUUUUAAAAACUGCAAGUCAUUUAAGAUUUAUCUUUUUUCCUGAGACCUGUACUGAUUGUAAUGUGUACUUGUCUUUACCUGGUUGUCUAAAGAUUUUUAAAAAAUUAAGUUCUGAUAAAGUUUCAAAGAAUAGAUGGCAAGAAGAUAAUGCUGCAGUUGUAGAUAAUGGACUGUUUCGUUUUUAAGCUUCAAAUUGAUCAAUGGAGUAUAAAGAAAAUAGUUCUGGCAAAUGCCUGAAUAUUUUCCAGGCAGUUUGAUUAAAUAUAAGCUUUUUGCACACAAAGAAAGCUGUUUUUUCUUCUUUUUUUGUACCAGUGAAAUUUUAUAAUCAUAUCUGCAUAAUCAUGUGCAAGACCGUGGACACCAGAAAUGGCCAUAGGUUGUGGAGUCUUUACUUCAUGGUUUGUAUUGGGUCUGUGUGACAGGCCUUUAGAACGAUUAUGUUUCACAAGGUGACAUGGUCUGUACUUCUACUACAGGUGCCACUUUCAGCACCCAAUGUUCUUGUGUGUAUGGGGUUAUUUAUGUAUACAGUGCUGCCAUGUUGGGAAAGAAAGAAAAAAAUGUAAAACAUUUAAUGCACCCUUUGUCAUGUUUGAAUUAUGUUAUAUUUUUAAGAGAUAUACCGUGUGACAGUAGGUUUUUUACUGAACUUGUAAAGCUUUUAAUCUUAUUUGGUACCAUAGCAGUGUUGUGUUCUGGUUUGAGAACUGAUUUUGUAACUAGAAUGAUGUUUGGUCAAGUCCCAGUUGGAGCAGGCAUAUUGCUUCAGUAAAUAUUCAGCUUUACAAAUAGAGAUAAUAUGUUUUGAAAAGCUUUUUAAAUGACACUGAUUAACUAUCAUUAAUUAAAAAAUUUAAAUUCAUAAACAAAUGUUCAUAUUAAAUGCAUUGUUUCUCAUUUUUCAUGUUGAAUUCUUUCUUUCAUUCACACACUGGUAAUCUUCGUAAACCUUUGUCCUUUUGACUUGCACUGUACUGUACAAGAUCAAUAGCAAAAGUCAUGGGAAAUGUAUACUGACAUUAAAAAUAUAUAUUUCAGUAUGAA